AUGGUUUGGGGAAGAUGUACUACAUCUGAUGACGCGGAUCUGGGGGUGAAAAGUAAGUCAACAGUCUCCACAUCGUCCAUUUAUGAGCCAGCACAUGGUGGAGCACAUCUCGUGACCAAUCCAAUGUUUACGAUAGAAUUCCCUCGAUUCGGUCACAAACGAUGGAAGAGAGUUACCAUAUCAAAUGUAUCCCAGGAGAAUAUUAUUUGGUCCCUUCGGACCAAUAUGGGCGACAGUCUCUUGGCAAGACCUACUGCUGGCGUGUUGAAAGCUGGUGAGCACGGCUAUGUGAAGGUCUACAUCACCGACAUGUGUGAUCUCAAUGGAAAAGUUGUGUUUUCAUAUGGUUUUGUGGAUGAAUCAGUGGAAAAAUUCGAAAGAAAACUGUACAUGAACUCAGAACGAAUCAGUCACACGCUCAAUGUCCUAUUCCAUUGA